AGCAUGCGGACAGGACUAGGACAACUACUGCUUUUACACGUGUUCUUCAUGGAGACUUUUUAUUCUAAAGGGAGUGAGACAGCUUGUGAAACGGGACAGUUCCGGUGUAGGAACGGCAGGUGUAUUCCCACACCGUGGCGAUGCGACGACGACGACGACUGUUCGGACAACAGCGACGAGGAACACUGCUUGAAGAUCACAUGUUCUUCGUCAGACUUUACUUGUAAGAAUGGACAGUGUGUGCCAGCUCGCUGGAAGUGUGAUGGAGAGCCUGAGUGUCUAGAUGGAUCCGAUGAAGCUGACUCUACCUGCAGUCAGCAAACAUGUCCACCUGAGAAUUUUGACUGCGGAGGCAACACAAAUAAAUGUGUGUCUCUGUCCUGGCGCUGUGACGGAGAGACGGACUGUGAAAACGGAGCGGAUGAGGAACACUGCGCUGCCGAUGCAAAGGUUUGUCCGCCAAAAGAGUUCCAGUGCCGGAACGGCAUGUGUGUGGCCCCCAGCUUUGUCUGUGAUGGCGAUGAUGACUGUGGAGACAACAGCGAUGAAGAGAAGUGCACAUCGGUCCCAGCCAGCACAUGCAGCCCUCAGGAGUUCCGCUGCAACAACUCCGAGUGUAUCCCGGCUCUGUGGAGUUGCGACGGCGACCCUGACUGCAGAGAUAAAUCAGACGAGUUGGUGGAGCGCUGUAACAGCAGGAACACACCACAGAAGCCAGGCUGCCCAGCUAGAGAGUUCCAGUGUGGCAGUGGAGAGUGUAUCCAUCUCACCUGGAAAUGUGACGGCGAUGCAGACUGCAAGGACAAGUCCGAUGAGGCAGACUGUCCAACUUCUCUGCUUACCUGCAGGCCGGAUCAGUUUCAGUGUGGCGAUGGCUCCUGCAUUCAUGGCACUAAGCAGUGUAACUAUGUACACGAUUGCCCGGACUUCAGCGAUGAAGCAGGCUGCAUCAACAAGAGCCUCAAUGAAUGUGCUGAGAACAAUGGCGGCUGCUCUCACAUAUGCAGGGACCAGCGGAUAGGCUACGAGUGUGAUUGUCCUUCAGGUUACACGCUGCUGGAUCAAAGGACUUGUGGAGACAUAGACGAAUGUGAGAACCCAGAUGCCUGCAGUCAAAUCUGCAUCAAUUAUAAAGGUGACUACAAGUGUGAAUGCUACGAGGGCUAUGAAAUGGAUCCUGUUUCCAACACGUGCAAGGCUGUGGCGGGACAAAGUCCAUACCUAAUAUUCACCAACCGACAUGAGAUCCGGCGGAUUGGCCUGGUGAGGAGGGACUACAUGCAGGUAGCGCCCACCCUGAAAAACGCUGUGGCACUGGACGUGGAUGUCACCACAAACAAGAUGUACUGGUGUGACCUUUUCCAUCGCAAGAUCUUCAGUGCAUAUAUCAACAAGGCCAGUAACUCAUCUGAGCAGGUCACGCUCAUUGAUUCAGCGCUACAUUCCCCAGAAGGCAUAGCUGUCGAUUGGGUCCACAAUAACAUCUACUGGACUGAUUCUGGACACAAAACCAUCUCUGUUGCUACAAGUGAUGGCAAAAAGAGAAAAGUGUUGGUGGACAGUGAGCUGAGUGAACCACGGGCAAUUGCUCUUGACCCCAGACAAGGGUUCAUGUACUGGUCCGACUGGGGAAUGCAGGCUAAAAUUGAGAAGGCUGGACUGAAUGGUGUGGACCGGCAGGUGCUGGUUUCGGAGCGAAUUGAAUGGCCUAAUGGGAUUACUUUAGAUUUGUCCAGCAGACGUUUGUACUGGGUUGACUCCAAACUCCACCUCAUCUCCAGCGUGGACCUGAACGGAGAUAAUCGCAGGGUCCUGCUCUCGUCUACAGAGCACCUGGGCCACCCGUUCGCCCUCACGCUGUUCGAGGACCGGGUAUAUUGGACAGAUUUGGAGAAUGAGGCUAUCUACAGUGUGAACCGGCUAACAGGCCACGAUAUAUCCAUGCUGGCACAGCACCUGAACAGCCCGCUGGACGUGGUGGUGUUCCAUGAGCUUCGGCAGCCCAAAGCUCCAGACAGCUGUAAUAUGGGGACUUUGCCCAACGGAGGUUGUGAGUACUUGUGUCUGAGAGCUCCACAGAUCACCGAGCACUCACCCAAAUACACAUGCGCCUGUCCUGAUGACGCUGAGCUCGGCCCAGACAUGCGCCGCUGUGUCGCAGCUGCGGGUGGUCGCUUCUUCCUUGGGAACAAUAUCACCGUGGCAGUUCUGGGUGUCGUCAUCCCUAUAGUGGUCCUCACCCUGGCGUGCACCGGAGGCUACCUGGUCUGGCGCAACUGGAGGCGGCGCAACACCAAGAGCAUGAACUUCGACAACCCAGUGUACCGCAAGACCACCGAGGAGGACGACGACGAGAUCCACAUCGGCCACAGCGAGCAGAUCGGCCACAUCUACCCAGCACGCGUGGCGCUCAGUGUGGAGGAUGACGGAUUACCCUGAGGUGGUUUUCUCCUCCCCUCCCUCCCUCCUUCCAUCC